AGAAGGGAGAAGACAGCGAGCGACGUUUCUCGUUUUCUGCUGACGAAUUGAGAGGUUGAUUUGGACGCAAUGAGGAGGGUUCAGAGUCUGGCCUCUUCUAUCCUGGGACGAGCUCUGCUUCCAGCCCUUGAGGGCUCCUCCUCCUCUUCUGCAAUUACCACCCGUGUUCAGACUAGGCUUCUGCAGGUGGCGUUAUACAACAGUUGUAGCGGCUCGUCUGGUCGGCCCCGGUUGUUCUCUGAUUACGGUGGGCGACCUGGUCGAGCCGUAUCUCUCGGUGUCGCCGGAGCCGUUUCCUUCUCCAUCGCCGCUUCUUCAGUUGUUCCUAAUGUAUACGCAAAGGAGCCUCUCGCUUCAGAGUUCCUACCUAAAGAUGUUGUACUUUACCAGUACGAAGCUUGCCCUUUCUGCAACAAGGUUAAAGCAUUCUUAGAUUAUUAUGAUAUACCAUACAAAGUCGUUGAGGUGAAUCCUCUCAAUAAAAAGGAGAUCAAGUGGUCUGAUUAUAAGAAGGUUCCUAUAUUGACUGUGGAUGGUGAACAGCUGGUUGAUUCAUCAGAUAUAAUUGACAAGCUAAGUCUCAAGAUUCAUCCUGAAAAAUCAGAUGAUUCUAUUCCAGAUGAUGAUGAAGAGAAAAAGUGGCGUAGGUGGGUUGAUAGUGAUUUGGUGCAUGUCCUAUCCCCAAACAUAUACCGAAGUGUUUCAGAGGCUCUUGAGUCGUUCGACUAUAUCACAAGCAAUGGUAAUUUCAGCUUCACAGAGAAAAUAACAGUGAAAUAUGCAGGAGCUGCAGCUAUGUAUUUUGUCUCUAAGAAUCUGAAGAAGAAACAUAACAUUACUGAUGAACGUGCAGCACUGUACAAAGCUGCAGAGACUUGGGUGGAUGCUCUAAAUGGUCGGGAUUAUCUAGGAGGAUCCAAGCCUAAUUUGGCUGAUCUUGCAGUCUUUGGUGUUUUAAGACCCAUCAGAUACCUGAAAUCGGGUGGAGACAUGGUGGAGAACACACAAAUUGGUGAUUGGUACACAAGAAUGGAAAGAGCUAUAGGUGAGUCUUCUAGGAUCAAGGCCUAGGAUGGAGCUUUUUUUUUUUGGUCAAGUCCAUGGUGGUGCCCUCUACUUUAACCUUGAGGUAACAGGUUUUCUUUCUGCAUCAAGUAAGCCAAGGACAAAAAGGGAAACAAUUUUAGAAGCAUAUAUGGUCUCAUUUUUUAUCGACUCAACUGUUUAUACUUGAAAUUUUCUCUCAUAGAAUGUUAAUCACUAUUUGGUGUCAA